CUCGCCACCCCUCUCCGCCUGCAGCUCCUCUAGCUCCCUAGCUCUCCGCCUCUAGCUCCCGAGCAGGGCAGCGUGCGUGCGUGCGCCAGGAGAGAAUCGUCCGAGCGCGAACGUCUUUCAUCUUUCAAGUCGAUCCGAGGGAGUCCUACAAUUUGAACAAUUCCAUUGCCGAUUUGCAGUCAGCUGUAUUGGACACUCCAUGCUCGGCCUGUGUACUUGAAUCUCGACGCGGGGGCUUGAUUGUUUGCAAAUGCUGCCUGAGUUCCCGUCUUGACCGAGUGGACUUGCGGGGCGGACCCUGAGCACUCGGUGUGUCCACGAUUUCGCUGCAGGGCGUGGCAUCAUCGUGAAUCUUGUGCUACCGCUCUCCUCGUGCAUCAGGUUGUGCUGAUUAUAGACCGGGCAGUGUUGUGAAGAGGAAUUCGGCUGUGGCUCUGGCAUAGGAGCUGCCUCGAGUUGCAAAUAUGAGUGCAUUCACAGCGGGCCUGACGCUUCUUUUGGUUACAUCGACUUUGUGGACGCAGGUCUCAGCGCAAUGCAGUGCUGGAACUUGUCAACUUCUGGACAACUGCAACACCGAUUCGGAUUGUGCGCCCGGACUCAUCUGCAGUUCCUGCGUCGUGUCUGGCGUCCUCCAACCGAUAUGUAUCCGAGAUCAAGCAACAGUGUUGCAAAAUAUUACAUCUUUGCCAUUCAAUAAAGUUGCCUGGCUUACGACGCACAACUCGUUUGCGAUUGUUGGGGCUCCCGAAUUGACGGGUCCCCGAAUCACUUUUUAUAAUCAAGAGGACUCUGUAACCGAUCAGCUCAAUAACGGCGUGAGAGGCCUGAUGCUGGACAUGUACGACUACAAAAAUGAUGUAUGGCUUUGCCAUUCUUUUGAUGGCGAAUGCCUUGACAUAACAUCCUUUGCACCCGCUCUCGACACAGUCAAAGAAAUCAUGACAUUUCUGGUAAAUAAUCCGUCGGAGAUCGUCACUUUGUUCAUCGAGGACUACGUUUCAGCUGUCAAUGGGAUCUCCAAUGUCUUCAGGGCUGCUGGUAUAAAUCAGUACUUGUUCCCCUUGGCAAGUAUGCCCGCACCGGGAGCCGAUUGGCCAACCGUGGGUACAAUGAUACAGAACAACUGGCGCUUGGUGGUCUUCACUUCUAAGUCAUCAAAGCAAGCGACUGAGGGCAUUGCAUACCAGUGGAAUUUCGUCGAUGAGAAUCAAUAUGGUGAUGAUGGGCUGGUGGCUGGUUUAUGCCCAAAUCGAGCCGAAUCACAGUUUAUGAACAGCACAAGAAAUUCGCUUAUUCUGCAAAACUAUUUCCAUACGAACCCUGUGCAGGAUACGACCUGUAGAGAUAACUCUCAGGCUUUGUAUGACGAGCUCACUGCUUGCUACACGGCUUCUGCCAAUCGAUGGGCCAACUUUCUUAGCGUGGACUUCUACAAGAGAAGCACAGGAGGAGGUGCGUUUCAAGCUGUUGACAAACUGAAUGGACAAAUGCAAUGCGGAUGCAAUAGCCCCGUUUCUUGCCAGACACAGACUGCACCUGGGAUUUGUCCCGCUGAUGUCUAACACACAAAUUCGAGGAAUGCUUCACAAACAGACUGCACGUGGGAGUCACAAACAGUCUGCUUUGAUUGUGUAGUUCUCUGUGUCAACGACUGCGUCUCAGGCACGGACUGAGACCUCACUGACAACUGCGUCAACGCUGGGCACACACUGAACCCAGCACUCGUGAUUCAUUUCUAAAACUCAAUGUCGACGGCUCCAACCCUGAAACGAACUGCGAACGGGCACCGUCCUCACGAUAUACCGAUUGCACCUAUUGUAUGAUUAUUGACUCUCGAUGUGGGCUACUGCGUCACAGACUCGAACUGCACCCGGGCAAUGUCCAUCUGAGACCUCCCUGUCACCGGCAACAUCACCGAUUGCACCUAUUGUAUGAUUAUUGACUCUCGAUGUGGGCUACUGCGUCACAGACUCGAACUGCACCCGGGCAAUGUCCAUCUGAGACCUCCCUGUCACCGGCAACAUCACCGACCGCCGACGCCCAACUGCCAAGCCCUGGUGGACCUGCCGCGGAAAGUCGCGCGGACAAAGCACAGCCCUGGGUUGCUUUUCUUACCUUCUCCUGCUGGGCCCUUAUUCAUUUGCUGCUCUGGUAGCCCGCCGUAUUCUUUCUUGCGGCCUACACUUGACUCCGCGCGCUCUGCUCAUUUGCUUUCGCUGUGGUGGUAGGUUCGCAAUUGUUUCCUAUUCACGUGUAUUGAAGUGCAAAUAGAAGGCUGUGUUCUACCAUAAUGAUACAUUUGGAUCUUCUUUGACAGCUGUACAGACAGUUAUUUUCUGCCAACUUUCGGCCCCACGUUCUGGGUAUUAUGAAUGGAGCAAAUAUCGCAUAU